GGCAAUAUGGCGGACGAAAAUCAAUGGUUUUUUGGUAAAGUCGCUGCGUUUUCAGUUCUUCUGAAGUUACUACUUAUCCCAGCAUAUCGCUCAACUGACUUCCAAGUGCAUAGAAACUGGCUUGCUAUAACUAACAGCUUGCCAAUUUCAAAAUGGUACUACGAGAAAACAUCACAGUGGACUCUUGAUUACCCACCAUUUUUUGCCUGGUUGGAAUUCCUGCUUUCUCAAUUUGCAUCUUUGGUGGAUUCAAACAUGACCAAAGUUGAAAAUUUGGGAUAUGCUAGUGUGGAAACUGUUAUUUUUCAACGACUGAGUGUCAUUGCAGCAGACUUGGUGCUACUUUAUGCAGGCUAUCAAUACUAUUGCUAUAAAAACAAGUCUGCAUCAAAGUUGGGGAAUUCAUAUAAGCCACAGUUUGUCUGCAUUCUUUUUAUUUUAAAUUUUGGUCUCAUCAUAGUAGAUCAUAUUCACUUUCAAUAUAAUGGUUUUCUCUUUGGAAUUCUUAUCCUCUCUAUUACCAGAAUGUUUGAGAAUGAAUUUCUUUGGUCAGCAUUUUGGUAUUCUGUUCUUGUCAACUUCAAGCACAUAUAUCUGUACAUUGCUCCUGCAUAUUUUGUUUAUUUGUUAAAACGUUAUUGUUUUAAGCAUCCACAGGGUUCUAUGACGAGUUAUUGGUUGGGUGUUAAUAUUAGGAAUCUGCUACCUUUUCAGUUGAUGAAACUUGGAUUUCUUGUGAUAUCCGUGUUCUCUGUUUCGUUCGGUCCUUUUAUAGCAUUGGGACAAUUGCAGCAGGUUCUGCAACGUUUAUUUCCAUUCAAGCGCGGCUUAUGCCACGCGUAUUGGGCGCCAAACUUUUGGGCGUUAUAUAAUGUUGUUGAUAAGAUCCUGGCGACAAUAGGCAGUAAACUAGGUUUGGAGAACUUACUUGAGUUGCGGUCAGCUUCGAUGACUGGAGGUCUUGUUCGUCAUAGUCAACACGCAGUUCUUCCCUCAGUAUCACCACUAGUCACAUUAGUAUUGACAUUACUCGCAAUGAUGCCAUGUUUGAUAAACCUAUGGAUAAAGCGUUGUAAUUCCGAAAGGUUUUUGAAAGCGAUUGUAUUAUGUGCUUAUUGCUCAUUUAUAUUCGGUUGGCACGUUCACGAAAAAGCUGUUCUUUUAAUCACAAUUCCAUUAAGUCUUUUAUCGCUAGAGAGUCGUAUAUAUGCUCGGAUUUUUGUUAUUGUAUCGACAGCGGGAAAUCUUUCUUUAUUUCCUUUAUUGUUUCAACGACCAGAAACACCAAUUAAAGUCAUUCUGAUGUUAUUGUACACUUCACUUACGUUUUGGGCUGUUACAAAAGUGUUCUGUUCAUCAGGAAAUAAACCAAAUCAGCAUGUUCUUCGUUGGUACGAGAACAUUUAUCUAUUUGGACUAAUUCCUCUGGAAAUUUAUAACUUACUUAUUCAUAGCGCGUUAGGAUUUGAUUUAACGUUGCCAUUUCUGCCAUUACUACUCACGUCUGUUUACUGCUCUGUCGGAAUUCUGUGGUCUUGGCUGUUGUUUUACUACUCUGUUUUAACCGAAGGGGAUCAUGAUAAAGUGUCCAUAGACUGAGGAGAAUUGAUCAAGAAUUGAAACACACCAGGUUGAAGGAAUAUGAACACUGAAUGUGAGUUGCCGGGCAAUGCUCAUCCAUUUUCGGAUGAGUCGAAUAUGACACUGAUUAUUAUGUGGAGAUAAGACAACCUCCUACCCAGGGUACCCAGGAUACGAGUUUGGGGAUAUGAUUAGUCAAGAAUACGCUUUAUCAAUGCGCACUAGGGAGGGACUGGUGA